AAUAAGGAUUUUCCACUCAAUAUGGCAUUACUAACAGCUUUCAGGAUACUUGUUUCUGGAAGAUUGCCAAGAUUACUACAACUAUGGAUGCAGAAAGCUGCACAGCUUGUUUUUCAGGAGCACUGACAUUCAGUUAUCAUUAAAUUCUUACAUCAACCACAUUUUGAGGAAAGCGAACGUAUCGUUAUUUCCACAUGAACAUCAUCCCACGGUGAUAAUCUGAACCUAGCAGAUCGUGUGAGCAUGUUGAUGUGCUCGACGUUGAUUCUUUCAAAAUAGAGCGUGUUUGUACAAUGAAUAAAAACGAUGCAUUUAUUUUGUUUGUUUUGUUGUUUUAUUAAUGCAAUAGUAGUAACAAGAGAUGUGUUAACUGGAAGGUUACAUUUGCCAACAUAUUUCUCAGUAAUAGAAAUUUAAGUUUGCCUGUGGCAGCAUGUUACUGUUAUCCGACACGCUUACCUCAUUUAUGACUUUAGUUACUUUCAUUGUGGGUGUGGACAGAAAAACAAACAGACUGGUACUAGCUAGUAAUGUAUCUCUGUUAUCCAUAUGCCUACCAACAUGUAGCCUAGCUCUGCGCUUGACCUUUACCAUCCAAUCGGUCCAGCCUACAGGAACAGAUAUAAAUAUCAUAUUAUUAACUUUCCUAAAAUAAAGACAUACUCUUUCAAUGAGACAAUCGCUGGGAAUUUAAGAACUUGACUUUUCUUCACCCUUUUCUACUCACCAAAGCUGACCACAAGAGGCCACUUCAGCUAUUACAAGAGCCCCCUUACAUCCUCGAACGUGUGAUUCGCAGAGUUAAUCAGGAAUCCCUUUCUGAAGUGCAGUGUCUUCAGAAGGCUUCGGGCGAUUGUCAACGGGCCUUGACAUUUCCAAGGCAUUCGGGCUCGAGGCCUUUCUUGAUAAAGGCACGUUCAUCAAAUACAAAAGAAAACCUGAACCUGACUGGAGGAAGUAAAGAUGCCACUCUCCUUCCAGACCGAAACUCUCAUCUCGGACUCCUUCCCUUCGGACUCCUUCUCCACCAGCGCAUGGCCUCCAGAGACGUACGCGGCCGACGGCUUCGUGGCCAACGUCAGCGUGUCCGGCGCCCUUCGCUGCACCUACAAGGAGGACUUCAAACGCAUACUACUCCCUGCCGUGUACACGUUGGUCUUCCUGCUCGGGCUUCCUCUUAAUGUUGCCGUCAUACUGAAGAUAUGGAGGACUCGGCCCAAACUGUCCAAAAGCAACGUCUACAUGCUCAACUUGGCCAUAGCCGACUUCCUGUACGUGAUGUCGCUUCCCUUGCUCAUCUACAACUACGGCAGCCACGACCACUGGCCCUUUGGGGAGUUUACCUGCAAACUGGUCAGGUUUCAGUUCUACAGUAACCUGCACGGCAGCAUCCUCUUCCUCACCUGCAUCAGUGUGCAACGCUACGUGGGCAUUUGCCAUCCUAUGGCCAUGUGGCCCAGGCAAGGCGGUAUCAGGUUGGCGUGGUGUAUCUGCGGCGGGGUGUGGUUGGUGGUCGUCGUCCUGUGCGCGCCCACCUUUCACUUCGCCGCAACGGGAACCCAGCGGAACCGCACGGUGUGUUACGACUUGAGUACCCCCAAGAGUUCCUUGGACUACUACCCCUACGGCAUGGCUCUGACCUGCCUCGGCUUCUUGCUGCCUUUCAUCGGCGUGAUGGUGUGCUACUGUCGGAUGGCCUGCAUCCUCUGCCGCCCGGUGACAUACCGGGGCGUCUCCAUGGCGACCGGGGAGAAACGGGACCAGGCGGUGAGGAUGAUCAUUGUGGUGGCCACAGUGUUCUGCAUCAGCUUCCUGCCGUUUCACUUCACCAAGACCGUGUACCUGGUGGUGCGCACCCUGCCCGGGGCGCCCUGCGAGACCAGGAACCUGUUCUCCAUCAUCUACAAAAGCACCCGGCCGUUUGCCAGCAUGAACAGCUUCCUGGACCCCAUUCUGUUUUACUUCACCCAGCCGCGCUACCGCCGCAGCACCAGGCGGUUCGUGGUCAGAGUCACCACCCGCAGGGACAAGGGGAGCAGCGAGUGAGCCGACGGGAGACCGCCUCCUGCAACAGCGUCUUCUGAAAGGCUGCUGUCUACACCGGGGUUGGAUCCGAGGAGGCUGCGAGGUGGUGCAUGGACUUGUUGCAGAGUUUCCUUGUGCAUGUUCUAAUGUAAGUUCCUUUUACCUACCGCCCAGGGCAACAAAGAGCCUUCCUAACGCGGUCAGAACAUGGAGGGGCAGUGGGAUGUCAAAAAGCGUUAUCUUAAAACGUUAUGCGUAGAAUGAGCAUCAACCGGUGCAGCAAUCGCAGCGUAUUCCUCUUGUGGAACUUAUUGCGAUUCCAGGGUGCUGUACAUACACCAUACGUACCUUCAACAGAGCUGUGCUUUGGACACAUUAGAUACUUAAGAGGGAAGGACAAAUGCUGUUUUAGGUAACAAAAUAAAGGCUUAGCCACUUCCUGUUAGUGUAGGAUCCCUCCCAAUGAAAUAAGGAUUUAUUUCCAGCACGUCCCCUCCACCGAUGGAACUUAACCAAAGUUUGUGUUUGUGUAAAUGAUCCAAUUAAUAUUGGAGAAGAGACAUUUAUGAAAAGAAUCUCUGUAUUCUUAAGGUGGUACUCUUGAGUACGUGUGAAUUGUUAGUACUUAGUGCUGUUUUGGUAGCUCUAACUGGAUGCAGUCUGUGCAGAGUAUACAGAUACUUUGUAAUUACUUUUGAAACUUGUCUUUCAGACGCACACUGUGAAGAAAACAAUGGAUAUAUUGUAUCUAUGCCGUAGAUGAGAUAAGGCCCAAUUUGGUAUCAAAAUGAAGAUAAUAUCUUAAUUGAUUGAUGAUUUGUUAUACAUAUGUAUCUCAAUGGACUGUAACUGACAACCUUUUGUGAAACCCUUAAACACAAGGUUCAAAGGUGCAAUCAUGUUUUGAGUUUUGUACUCAUCAGGGAAUGAAUUGUGGCCAUCCAUCCAUCUAUUGUCAAACCUCUUAUCCUGCACGCAGGGGGGCUGAAGUCCAUCCCAGCCAUCUUUCGGCGAUAGACAGGGUACAUCCUGGACUGGUCGCCAGCCAAUUGCAAGACUAACACAGAGACAUACAACCAUUCACACUCACAUUCAUUCCGUGCCUCCCUGAAUGAAUUGUGUAUUUUGGUUAAAUGUAAACGUGCACAUUUUGUGCAUUGCAAGUAAAAUUCUGACCGCAAUAGGGGGUCAUGUGCUUAAAAUGUUGAGUUCUUCUUAAUAUGUGCAUGUAUGUGCACAGCAUCUAUGCUCACUAAUGUAGUAAUAUACUGUAGGUUGUGCUUCAGGCUUUGGCAAAAUGUGAAUGCUUAGGUCUAGUUGUUGUAUUUAUGUGUGUUUAUUUGGGUAAAUCAUAAAUUAGAUUUUAUUUUUUCAAAAUAUUUGACUACUUGUAAUACACUGUGCCAACAUAUUUGUGUCAUUCAGUAUUAUUUUGAAGAUCUUUUAUUUUUUGUAAAUACAUCACAGAGUAGCAUCAACAUUUUAGUAGAUGCUACUCUGAAUAUACAUGAAUAUAUACAUAUACAUAUUUUCUUACCAUGCAGGCCCUUUGAGUAUGUUUUGGAUGUUUUCGUAACAACAAAAAAAAAAACAUCAUUAAAAAAUGUACUAAAUUAUGAACUAUGAA